UACGCCGUGGAAUGAGCGCAAAGCAAACAAGGUUAGCUUUUCAUUCGCUCGAUGAGGUAACCUCGAGACGGGCGUGCGAUACGUUCGAACGGGCAUCGCGUAAAAAAAUUGUAUACAAACAGUACACGUAUAUCGCAAAUCAGCCGGUGUUAAAAAACAAGUGUUGUUUUAAUAAAGUGAUUAAAUAAUUAUCGUGUGUGGUUAAGUUAAAUGUAGUAGGGUUAAAUAUGACAAGUGUGUUGAAAAAAUCACGGGGUUCUAAGGGGAAAUCGGAGUCGAUGCAAGAGGAUCUUCCGUCGAGAUGGUGUGGCCGGGCAGACAAGGAAGAUGUUGGGAAGCUGAUUAAAUACAUCGACGAGAAUGUUAUUGGCAAGGGGAAUUCGUUCUGCGGACCUUUCGGACGACGUAAAGUUGUGUACUGCGACUACAGCGGUUCGGGACGUGCUCUGCAGUGGAUAGAGGAGUACGUGGCGCUCGGCGUGCUCCCGGCGCACGCGACUCGUUGCACCGCGCUCUCAAUCACGUCGGGACAGAGCGAGAUCUAUCGGUCAGAAUCAAAAGAGAUAAUCCGCAAGUCGGUGGGCGCGAGUGAGGAGGACGUGGUGGUGCUCGGAGGGUCUCUGAGCCGCUUCCUGCGCGCGCUGCGACCUCAGCGGGUCGCGCUGUUCGUGUCCUCCCGGGAGACGGACGGACAGCUGGCGCCGUGGAGGGAGUGUGAUGCUGAGAUAAUCAAGAUCCCAGAAACGAAGGAAGGGUUCAUUGACCUCAACAACUUGGAGCUGAAGCUUCAAGAGAACACAGGCACUGGGAAGCGUAUGAUAGGAUUCUUCCCAGCUGCUUCGAAGUUAACGGGAGUUUUGGCUGAUGACGUAGCAACUACUUUACUGCUGCACCAAUAUGGAGCCUGGUCCUUCUGGGACUAUACGUUGGUAGCACCCACAUCUGCAGUGGAUAUGAACCCUACGUUUUUGGGAGUGGAGGAUGAGAUGGUGAAGAAGGAUGCUCUGUUCUUCAACUGCGAGAAGUUUGUGGGUGGUGUUCAGGGGCCGUACGUUGCGGUGGUGAAGAAGGAUGUUUUCAAGAAUUCCUCGUUGUAUUCUGAUGAUGUAGAGGUGCUGGCAGAGAGGAUAGAAGAACAGAGAUGCACCGAGGCAGUGAGAGCUGCAAUCGUUAUGCAGUUACGUGACGCGAUCGGUGUGCAAAACAUAGCUGAAAAGCAAGAUCAUAUAACUAGACAAGUGUUAUCUCACAUCAAAAACAUCCCCGAGCUGAUACUCCUCGGGAGCGAAUCCCGCACCAUGAGGCGGCUGCCAAUAUUUUCCCUCAUGGUGAAGCAUCCUCGAGGAACGUUCCUCCAUCACAACUUCGUCUGCGCCAUACUCAACGAUGUCUUCGGGAUCCAGGCGAGAGGUGGACUCAACAGCAACUUGAGCUACGGGGCUGAUAUCCUGGGGAUUGAUGAGAAGCUUCUCAAGGAGUAUGAGAAACUGUUGGAUGUGGAAGCACAAAAAGAAAUAGCAAGAGUUCGCAAAAUUAGUGUUGUGAAAUCACCAGAAAUACCAAUACACAAUGAGCAUCUCAGACCGGGCUUCUGUAGAGUCUCUCUGCCUUUCUUCAUGUCAGAGAACGAACUGGCAUUCGUCUUGGAAGCCCUCAAAAUGGUAGCUACUGAAGGCUGGAAGAUAUUACCACAGUACGUCGUCAAUUCGGAAACAGGCCAAUGGAAACACCAUGCGUGCUCUGUUCUUAGAGAUAAGAAAUCGUUGUACUCGUUGAGGUUCCAUGAUGGGCAGAUAACAGCACAUGAGAGGCGAAUUUCGGGUCCUGGAAUAUUUCCACACACGCACACGGAAUGUUUGCAAACGGCGAGGAAUCUGUUUAAUAGAGCCAGAAAAUUGGCAAUGAAAUGUUCAACAGCGGAACCCGAAGUCGGUUUCAAUCCAAAAAUAGAUUAUUUAAGAUGGUUUAUGUUGCCAAAGGAAGCACACGAUCUACUGUUGGGCAAAUCUGCUAAUGUCAAACAUAUUGUACCGUUUGAUCCCUCCGGUUAUACAGGGGCAAGAAAGAGCUUAAACAAUGUAUCUAGUAGAUCUUCCAACACCUCAUCACCCAUUUUAGGUUCCUCAGCAAGACAUUUAAGUCUAUCAGCUAUUGAUGAUUGUCACUUGUUUAGAUUGAAUCAAAAAAAAAAGUUCUACUCGAGAGAAUGUAGUUUGAAAGAAAUGUCGAAAGAGGAGGCCACUAAACUUACGCCUCACCCUGUGCAAUUUGCAGUUGGUGAAUCAGUAUCCCCUUUGCGUAUAGUUCCCCAAAAUACAAAACCACUCAUGAGAUUAAGGUGCUACUCUUUAGGAUCAGAUAUACCACAGGUGCCGUUAAGUGCUCAAGCGAAAAUGAAUCUUGGACUCAAGGAAGCGAGUCCAAAUAACACAGAAAAAGUGAGCAGCUUUUGUCAUUGUGGCAGUCAAACUGAUUUGCCUUCCCUGGAUGACGUUAUAAUAUCAACCAAUAAAAAAGGUUCAUAUAGUACGCAAAGCAGUACCUCAAUAUCGGAUUGCAGCCAAAUAGGUCGCUCAUCACCCACUCCUUCAAUCACAUCUCACACUUCUGAAGACAUUCAAGCGUAUGUUAAAGAGAUGACAAAAGAAAUAGCAACGGAGAUCAAAUCGGAAAUCCGGGAAGUGAUCUCCAAAGUAGACGACAUUUUAGAAAAUUCCGAUUCCCUCGAACAGUCUAAUUUAAGUAUGACGUCACAGUCUAGUCAGAGUGAUAGGAAUUCUGUGUCAGUUAUAGAUGUAGCAGAGUAUUUAAUGGGGGUGUCCAAAGAAAUGGCUUCGGAGGUGAAACACGAAAUCCGAGAGAUGGUUAACAGAGUUGAUGAAAUGAUUUCUCCAGAACUCACUGGGGCGGGUUCGAGAAGAAGUUCUCCUCCUCAGCCUGUAAGAAAAAGAAUAGGGUCUGGUCCUGAAUUAGGUUUGGAUUUGAAUAGAGUGAAUUCUUCGCAGCAGUUAAAGAAAUGCUCGACUAGUCCAGUACUCCAAACACAGUAUGACGAGGAAGAAAGGGUAUGCAAGAGAUCUCCGACCACACAAUCACCUAAAUCAACACAAUGUACACCUUUACACGAAGCAUCAGGACCUAAUAGCAUAUCAUUUAACUCCAGCGAAACAUCCACACCAGAUACCAUAAUUCAAGUAGUAACUACUAACCAAAAUUCCCCUGUCCUUCCCAAAUCUUUAAGCUCAAAUAAAUUGUCAGAUGACGAAGUUAGUUGUACAGAUGUAAUUUGUAGACACUGUUGUAUUAAGAAGACUUGGUGCCAAAAUACUUCGGUCAGUUCUCAAGACAGCGGGAUCAAUAUGAACUUCACUGACAACGACUCGUAUCUAGAUUAUGUAAAAUGGCGAACUUCUUCAGAUCCGACGACCAACAAAGUGCGCAAGCUACAGGGCAGACUGCGCAUGUGCCAUAGACACGAGAAGAGUGAAGUGCCCGACAUCAUCGAAGGUGUACCGGUCUGUAACGCUGACCAGACGCGGUCGUACAAGACGUUCAGUGAAACGGAUCCUGGACGAGUCGUCUUCCAAAUACCGGAUGAUGAGAGACAAAACCGCAACACCACGUCUGCAACGGACUCCAAGAGGUCCAGCAGAUCGUCCAACGCGUCGUCCAGCUGUUCUGACCGCAGUUCCAGGUCCAGCGGCUACGGUACUGAUGGACAAAGGACUUCUAAUGAUGAACAGUUCUACGACCGGAGUGAGUCGGAAUGCCGCUUCAAGGCGGACUGCUGUUGGGAGGAGGAGCCGGACGACAGCAGCGCUUGCAGCGACACCUCACUCACCGACUUCACUUUCGACGACGAGGGCAAGUGGCACUGCCCGCCGAAGGACGUUUGGAAAGCUACUGUUGAGACUAUUCAAGAAUACAACAUGGUCAGACCGGGGGACAAAGUCUUGAUCUGCGUGUCCGGGAGUCGGGACUCGAUAGCGUUGCUCCACACCAUGCAUCAGUACCAGUUCUACGCCAGGUCCAAGGGAAUACACUUUAGCAUAGGCGCACUCUUUAUACACGAGCCUCAGACAGAUGUGGACCCUCUACAUGUGAUGGCGUAUUGCAGAACUCUGGGAGUCAAGUUUAUUUACCAGGACAAAUUGAACCACGAUGAGAUUGAGAGACAAAAUAGCGGACCUAAAAGCCCAGAACUCCACCGCUGGUCCUCACACGCGGUCCGACGGCGCAUGUACAACGCAGCAGCUGCACAUGGAUACGGGGUUGCCGCUAUAGCUCAAAACUUGGACCAUGCUGCUAAAGCGUUCCUUGCUAGUGCACUGUAUGGUGGCGCUUUGAGGAGCAUUAAAGCGCACUAUCGAGUCAGAGAACACAACAUCCGUAUCAUUCGGCCAUUCAUAUACGUCCGAGCGCGUUCCCUAGAAGCGUUCGGAUGGUCGCGCGCGCUACCGCAUUUUGGGCACCACGCGCCCGAGUCACCGCCCACUGAUACUGAUGAAAGCAAACCUGAAUUGCUGAAUCGCUCAGCCUCCGAACCGUGUGGGACAACAGAGGACGUUGCUCUCGAAGGUCAGCUGACUGAGUCCAUAUCUGGCCCGUUAGCGGAGACCCUGGUGGACCCUCUGGCGGCGGCACAGGAACUGCUGAGUGGCCAGGAACGCUUGCAUCCGUACAUCUUCGCCAGUUUGAAGAGUGCUCUCCAUCCUCUGAUAAGUGCACGAAACAUUGAAAAAGAUCUAAAAGAAAGCAGACACAGAAAGAAAUCUGUGAUACAAAUGAAAAAUGGCGCACCAGUGUACGAUUCAGAAGAAGGCACGGAAGAGGAAUCCGUGACAUAGACAUUACAGAACUUUCCCGCCAAAAAUGUAACCUCUGUAUUGCCAUAUUAAAAAAAUAACAUCUAAACUAAGAUGACUUCGAUUUUCAGUAUCAAGUAGUGAGACGUUCACUGGACUCUUAUUGAUUUUUUUUAUAGAAAGUUUUAAGGAAUGCUUUUAUAUGAAUCAAAAUAUUUUGAAUAAAUACAUUUCCACCCAAAAAACCAAGUUAAGUUAUAUUGGUUAAUAAAAAUUAGUUUUUUUUUUGACGACAAAGUAAAACUUCUUUACACACGCUUGACUUGAGGAGUUGGUGUAUGAAUCCGUUACGAAAAUUGUAAUCAGGCGAUGCGUGAUGCCGUACAGGCAUAGUAAAACAGUGUUUGUUAUUUUAAACUACGAAUACGUUCUUAGAGAACUUUGAAACAAUCCCUUUUUGUACUGCUGCUCAAACAAUUUCGUCAAUAUGACAAUGCAAGCGCAUCACGCAUUACCUCCAUUUCUUAUACAGCAGUCUAUUUUAAAAUGUUGAAGUAGAUACGUUGGACUUGUUCUCAUCUAAAUAGCCGUGUUUGCAUAGUAUGCAUCUGUAUUAAUAUGGUGGUUUAUGAUCGAGUUGUGAUUACUCGUUGAUUAAAAUUGCAAUUUAUAUUAUAUCCUAACCCCCACAUUCAUACGGACUCGAAAUUAAACCUCAUUUUUCUCCAAAGUAAAAUUUACCUGAUCACUACUGCUUAAAGUUUACUUUGAAGAAAUUAGAGAUUUAAAUCCUAAUCCAUAUUUAUAAAUAAGGCCGUUAGUGUUUUUAUUAAACGUCGUUACGUCAUAAUAAUCGAAAUAGCCUGUUUUUAUUUUAUGAAGUAUAAGGGCCCGCCAAGACAAAGUGUUCUGUGUUUUGCGUUCUGCGCAUUACAUGUACAUUACAGAGAACUUAGAACGUAGAGCACAAUCUCCUUAUAUACGUGGGUUCUGAUUUUAAAAUAUCCUUAUAACUUUUUACAUUAUCGUGUCCAAUUUUCCCAUUUUUGGAAUUAUGUACUUUAUGUUUACCUAUCUAUUUAAUCUUAAUCUAAAUAUGAUGUAUUUCAAUUGAACAAUAUUAUGCAAUGUUGUCCGGCUUUCUAGAGUUUAUAUAGGCCCUUUAUUGGCAUGUUAUUUUAUAGUUAUUUUGAGUGUUGCCAUAAUGAAAUGUUAAUUAGUAGUUUAUGGUAUGGAAAUAAAAACGAAGUGCAUUUGUUACAGUCUGGUAGAGUUGUAUUUAAUGUUAAUCAAUUAUAAUAUAUUUUUCACUGUUGUAUCCGUGUUGAAAUUCUAUAUUAUAAAAAGUUUAUUUAUCGUGAUCAGGGACUUGUUUCUAUAAGGGAUUGAAAACAUAAAUACAUUGUGCAAUUUAGAACGUCAUUUUUGACACCUGUUUAGACAAGGACUAAGUUUUACAUUAUAUUUUUGCAGCCACAAGCUUAUGAUUUUAAUAUCUUAGUGAAACAUGAUCCUAUGUAGACAAAGCAAAUGCAUAUGAUAUAAUUUUAUAAGGAACAUAUUUUAUUAAAGGCUAUAAGCAUACUUGAAAUGUUUGUUAAAGUAAUAACUGUUAUAUUUUGAUAAUUAUUAAAACUUAUUUUAUUAACGAUAUAUUAUGUAAUUAAUUAGAUUUACUCAUCAUUAUUAUACUGAGACACCAAGAAAACUAUUUAGUGUUUAUACAAAUAUGAAAGUAGAUUUAUAAAAUGCAUUAAUUUUUAUGAUUCUAAUAUACAGAGCAGGCGUUAAAUAGUUGUUAAAGAAAUCAAAGAAAAAAAAAUAUAAUAUAAGCAAUAAUGCUAAUAAUACUUACCUAUAUUUAGUAGUACCAUUCAAGGAAAUGUCAUUUGAAUCAAAUGUCAUCCAAUCACGACACCAUUUAUAAUUACAUUGCUAAAUUUCAUUCUUUUCCUAUCUAAAAGUUGAUAAUAAGAUUGGAAAACAUUUUACCGAAUUAUAUUUACUGAAAAGUAAUUUUUAAAAUUCAGUCCGGAAAAUAUCUGGGUAAUAUAGUCCUUAGAAGGACUAUUAAGUAUACUAGUAAUACUGUCUUUAUUUUUCAAAUAACCUUAGUAUUUUUUAAAACUUAUAGUAUUGAUGAAAUUUGAUUUGCACUAAAAUUUCGUAGCUUUUGCUGAGCGCAGUCUCUUAAGUAGAAGUAGUGGUAGAAAUAAGUUAUUUUUGCACUGGCAACAUUAACAUGUAGACGCCAUUUUGAUAAAGCAAAAUAGUUUUUACAUGGUAAUGUUCAGCAUUUUCUUAUAAAAACUCAAUUGCGUAUUUUUAAGUAACGUAUGCUGUGAAAAUUUUCUCAUGUUUCAUUUUGUAAUACUUGUAUGUGACGCCAAUAUUUUUGUAUUAUCGCUUAAUAUUAUAAUAAAUUCCUAUAUAAUAUUAUUGUCUAGUGUAAGUGGAGUCCCAUACGUUGCUUCCAUGGUAAUCAUAACCGUAUAUACAAAGUGUCGUAAAAUAAAGAUUUUUUGAUGUA